AAUUACCUCUUUUUUAUAUAAUUUUUGUGAUCAAUCUCAAUAUUUGUUAGCUUUUUGGCGGACGUUUUUUACUCUUCCAUUUUCUCUACUGAUAUUCAGAUUGCGUACCCGCUCUUCCUCUGGUUGCCAUGGUAACUUGGUGCUUUUGUUUUGGUGAAUCAGUUCAUCCGGGAUGUUCUGGCAAAGCCAACCUUUCUGUCAAUCAUGUUUAGGUGAUUGUAGUUUCAGACCCAUCAGGGCUCAUCUCCCCACGUAGGGAGGGGGUGGGGGAGCACGUAAAGCCGCACGUGCUGCGUCUCUCCACGCUCCUCGCGCUGAGUCCUGCUCUCUCUUAGCAGCCGACACACGCGCGUAAAGCCAGACAGGUGCGUUUUUAGGAAACCCCAUCCGCGUGUUUUCACCCCGCGCACCGUGGGGACGGUCUCUGCGAAAUGCGGGCGUCGCGUUUAAGAGAAGAGGAAAGCCACUGUCGUGUUCAGCAUCAGUCCCGCUGCGCUCCUCUCGGCUCCUGGCGGGUCAUCUAACGGCGCAGCUCCGAGGAAAUCACUGGGACUAUGUGAGCAUCAUGAUCCCUGUGAGAUGCCUGCUGUUCGCCGCAGUCUGUGCGAGGUACGCCGAGACAGGUGUGGGGGAAUGGGUGAGGUUGCCCUCUGCAGAGGAGGUCGUCCAACCCAAGCGGCUCUUGCAACAGAUCCACUCAGAGGAGGAGCUGCUGCACGGUCACCUGGACACCCGGGUCAGAAACCUGCCAGAUGGCAUUCAGCAGCCCAUCCAUUUGGCCCAGAGCAGCUUCCUGGUCGAGGCAUUUGGCACAUCCUUCACCCUUGACCUGGAGCUGAACCACAACCUCCUGUCUACAGACUACGUGGAGCGUCACUUUGACAACGGGGAGCUGUCACAAAAUACG